GUCUGGGUGCUAAUUCAAGCGAGUACGGUAUGUGAAUUUCAAAAUUAAUUUAUGUAAUUCUCCUCUAUUUUGUUCGAAGGAAUAACGAAGGGGAGCCCAGCAAGCUUGCUCUAUCCGGAUCCUCUUCCACCGGUAAAAUGAACGUGUUCCAGAAGGUUUUCCAGUCGGAACCUAAAAAUGCCUUGUCGUCACUACUCAGUUCUGGGAUGCAUCUAGAUGGUGGGCAAGCAUUUCCAGUGUACCAGGAUUCUGGAAAUGGUUUCCCAGGCAAAGACUCUGAUAAACCCAUGAAGGAUUCCACCGAGAAUUCACAAGGCAGGAGCAUGGGCACUAGAGGAGACAGCUCCAACGCAAGCCCUGAUACAAAUGCUUGUGAAAACAAUCAAAAACAUGUCCUCUUGCAUAAAUUAUUACAGGAUGAAGUAACACCAGAUGAUGUAGCUAUAGAUUCAUGUAAACCUUCAAGUUUAUCUACCAACCAGAGCAGGAUGCAACUAAAAGAGGAUGAGAAGCUGCAGUUGGAGGCAAGUGAGAACCAACUCUUAGCCAAGUUGUUGGAUGGGGAUCGCACAAAAUGCUUUGGAAGUGGAAAGCUUCCUGUUAAUCAGAAAGGUUUUGUAGCCAGUAGUAUUGUGUCAACAUCCAGCUCUGUUAUAGAGCGCACUAAGAGUGAAUCGUCAGACACAGAAGAAAAUGGUAAAGCACAGAAAAAGAAGAAUGUUCUUCUUCAAAGACUUCUAAUGGAAACUGAUGCAAACGACAAUGGAGAGAAUGUCAGUAAAGAAAGCUUGACAACUAGUCCAACAGUGUCCACGACAACAACACCUGGGCAGGUUCCGCAACCAUUUGAUUUAGACUUUAUCUCAAAUCCGACUGAUGAAGCUGAACAUCAUGCGAUCGUUCAGAAGUUGAUAGAAGCUGCCAGCAGUCUUUCCAACGACCUUAUCUCCAAUCAAUCAAAUUUGAUAAGCGAUGUCCUCAAAGAAUUUAAUGAAGCAGAACUUUUACCGCCUGCAGAUAGUACAAUACCGGUUCCUAAUUUGAAUAUCAAGACUCAGGGGCAAUUUCCAGGUGGGAUGCCACAACAGACUUCACUGAACCGUGUAGCGCCACAGCCAAAGAAGGCGGACAGUCCCCAGAGACUGCCUAGCUCUGGCCCUAAACAAAAGACAUCAACUGAGAACAAGAAAAACAAUGGCUCAAAAUCCCCAUCAUCGUUUAAAAAAUCAGGUGCCAACCGAAAUAACAGAACGCCCCCGUCAACAAGCAUGAACCAACCGUGGCAACCAGGAAUGGUUGGAAAUAACAGUGUACCGCCACAUAAUGUCGGAGUUGUUCCACCAAACCAAGUGGCACCACUACGAGGCCCAGUACCAAUGCAAGUCAACAAUAAUUACUCAAUGAAUGCGAACAUGGGAAUGUCGCAGAACAACACCGGUAAUAACACAAUGCCUGACGAUGAUGUUUUCAUGCAGCACCUCGAAAGAAUAAUAAGUAAUGAUAUGUCAUUCAAUGAAGAUAUAUCAACUGCUCUCCGUAUAGACAAUAUAGUGAGCACGCCGCCAAACGACGGCAGCGAUGUGCUCUCAAUUUUCCCAGCUGACCAGAAUAGUCCUCAGGUAACGCAGUCCCCGAACAACGGUGUGCAUCCGAAUAACAUGGGGUACGGUGUACAACAACAGCAACAGGGACAACAGCAAAUGCCAAACAUGUUGUCACCCCAGAAUAGUGGUCAUAUGAUGGGACCAAGGUUUCCAACCUCACAAACAUCCCAGGGACAGAUGAUGAAUGCAAUGCAACCUAGACCUGCUAAUUUGCAGAAACAAAUGUCACUGCCCUCUACUGGUAAUGGAAUGCGCACUGGUGACAUGUUCAACAAACCAACGCAGCAAAUCCGCCAAAACAUUCUACGCAAGCAGACCAAACAACAACAGCAACAUCAGCAACAACAGCAGCAGCAGCAGCAACAGCAGCAGCAUCAGCAACAGCAUCAGCAACAGCAGCAGCAGUGGGCAUUGCAACAGCAACGGCAGCAGCAGCAACAACAACAACUGAUGAGGCAGCAGCAAAUGGCAGGCCAGAUGCAAGGGAUGACACCACAUCUGCGCAGGGUACAGCAAGAGAAACUUCAAAUGCUACACCAUCAGCAAUCAUUCCAGAGGUUUACUGUACCACAGACUGAUGGAAUGUUCCCAGGAAUGGACACACACAACUACACCGAAAAACUUGGAGAUAUGCUUAGUCCCUCGGCAAGUGCGGCUCCUAAUGUUAGCAUACAGAAAUCAGGAUUCGGGGGACCUCAAGCAAUGCCAGGUCGGUCCAUGCCAUCAGCAAAUCAAAUUAACUCAAUGAUGUCAGGUGGACAAAUGGGAGUCAGAGGUCAAGGAGGAAUGAGCAAUCAAAUGUUUCCGCAAGCUAACAGGACGGGAGAUUUUGGAUUGCCGCCGUUUAAUCAGAUGAUGAAUUCAAACCAGUAUGGCGGCAAUAUGGGACCUAAUCCAAAUUCAUUCCCAUACCAGGAACAAAUUGGAGUGAAUAUGCCAUACGGAAAUCCAAAUUCUAUGAACAAUCGCAUGCAAGGAAAUCAUAAUAUGAUGGGUGCCAUGCAAAACCCGCAACAUGCCGGAAUGCAGCAUCCACAGCAUGCCGGAAUGCAGAACCCAAGUGUUAUGCCAAAUGCAGGUGGUAUGUCAAAUGCAGGUGGUUUAUCAAAUUCUAGUAUGCAAACGCUAGGUGGAAUGCCAAACUCAGGUGGCAUGCCAAACACUGCAGGCAUGCAGACGCCUGGUGGUAUGCAGGCUCCAGGUGGGAUGCCGAUUCCCGGAAGUAUGCAGUCGCAGGGUGUAAUGCAACCAGGUGUUGGAAUGCAAAGUGGGGGAGGCAUACAAUCCCGGGCAUCAAUGGCCCCAACGACGGGGCUUAACCCAAACAUUCCACCUUCAAAUAUGGGACAGAAUCCAGGUGUAAAUCCUGCUAUGAAUAUGUCAGGAAUGCCAAAUACGGGCAUGCCCACUAAUCAGUACAUGAGCAGCAACUCAAAUUUUUCAAACUUCCGUGGUCCGAACCCAAAUUCAAUGGUUACACAAAACCAGAAUCAAAUGCGAAUGCAAGGCCAGAUGGGCACUGCCGGAAUGAGCGGUAUGAGCGGUGCUAGCGGAAUGGGUGAUGCAAUGAAUCAGAUGAGGUGGAACCAAUCAAGUUCAGUCAGUCAAAUGCCGUCAAGCAUGUUCUCAGGACCUAUGGCUACGCAAGCAUCCUCAUCAGAUAUGUACGGUGGUAUGAACUCUGGUCCCAUGGACCGAAUGAUCCCUCGAAGGAAUAGCAACGAAACUCUAAGCAAUCAGAUGCCACAAGUAGGAAGCUCAAUCAUGAACCCUAUGAAUGCCAACCAGAAUAAAAAUCCAAAUUCGUCCAACUUCAAUAUUGGUGCUGCCCCGGCCCCAGCGAUGGAUGAUGAUCAACUGAACAUGACAAUCAACUUUCUACAGCAAGAAAUUCAACAAUCAAAUGGCAAACCCUGCAAUUCUAACACACCAACUACUCCAGGCAAUGAGCAGGGAUCAGUCCCACUAGAAACACAACGUCGUGAGGAGGCUAAACAGCGAUACUACAACUUUUACAAUAUGUCGGAUGCCAGGCAGGCACCAGAUGCAAGAACGAGGGUGACAAACCUCUUUAAAAACCAAUUACAAGGAAUCCGACCGGCAGAAAACCAGUUGCAAAACAUGAAGAAUGCUCACCAAGGAUCCCUAGAAAGACAGCAAUCACAGAAUGAAUCUCACGAGUCUACAGGUAGCAAUAGCUUAUUACAGAAACUUUUACAAGAUUCAGGCUAACAACCCUGAUGAGAAUUACUUCUCAUGCAUCAGUAUCUAUCAUGAAGAAACCAAACUAAACGUGGGCACUUGUUGAACACGGAAUGUGAAGGGGUGAUACAGACACUGAAUUUGAUCACAUUGGUAGAGUAUUUCUGUUAGCCCAUACAUGUGCCCCAGCCUGAUUUAGUAAUGCGUAAGGAACCGGGGUGAUCAGUGGUGGUGCUGAUAUGUUGUGCUUGAUAUUUGAAGAUACAUCUGAGCGUGUGCAGAUUGUGCUUAUCUGGCUCAUUAGCAGACAUCCACUUUCAGCUCAUCAUAUGAUUUAAUUUUCUACUAAAGUUAAUUAGGAUUUAAAUGGUGAUAAAAUGAACAAUUAUUUUAGAUUUAUAAGCUGUUGGGUAUGCUACCUUGUACCCAGUUAUUGGAUACCAGUAACAUCAUAUAUACACAGUGACUCCUAAAGUGGUAUCAACAAUCGUAUUACAAUAUUGUAUAUCAGGGGCGGGGAAACAAACUUCUUCUCAGCACACUGGGUCCCAUGAUGAUGGGGUAUACUGGUGUUACAGUGCAUUUGUACCUUAAUGACCUACCUCAGGGCUGAUCAAGGGGGUUAGUCAGUCAAGACACCUGCAUUCUGUAAUCAUUUUCUGCAUCAUGUGAAUGAAACAUGGACAGAUAUUGCAUUGAAUACAGGCACAAGAUAUAUUGUACAGUUGACUGUUUACAUAUCCUAGCAAAGCGGUGCAUAAGACCAUUUUACAGAGAACAUUUAUACAAGGAUUUUUAUCUGUGCAGUUAAAAGUUCUUGAUUAAUAAUCACAGAAAACAUUUAGGAUUGUUGGUGUAAGUUCAGAAUCAACAUAGCGAUAAAUAGUAAAUUUCUGUUGCUUUGCUCACCUUGUUAAGAUAAGAUCUGAAGUUUUAUUUUAGAAUUUGGGUUAAGUUGUACUGUAAGUAAUGAGGUAUGUUAUACUUAUUAGCAUCCGUCUUGGAGUGUCAAAGGCUACGUCUUAUUAAUAGUACAUAGAUAUAUUCCCCUCUUCUGUGUAUACUUCAUGUAUUGCGUUGUUAGGUGAGGUACUGUGUAUGUAUUGUAGGAUGAAAAGAAGAAGUUGAUUCAGCUGAUUUUAAAUAUGAACAGGGUAUUCAUUGGGGUUAUUAUAACAAGCUGUGGGGGAGGGGAUGUUGAUUUCAAUCAGGGAAGGGGAAAGGAGUUUGUAUUAUGUGCCAAUGUGUAUAUAACAGGUUUUAUUACAGCAGAAUGGUGACUGUAUGAUAGAAAAUGUUAUUAAAAUGAAGUUCUAUGACAGCAGAGGCCAGUUGUGUGUGUCGGUGUGUUUCUAUGCGUGUAUCCGUGUUUGUGAAGUGUGUGAAUGAUGGUGUGAUUGCUGUUAAUCAAAGAUCUUAUAAACACAAGAUAGCGUUCUCCGCGAUUUACGCGUGCAAAUUCUGUAAUAAGGCAUGAAUGGCGCCCUCUUGCUAAAAAGGAAACUUUUGACCUUUGACCGCUAUGACCAU